AGCUGUCUCAUCUACUCCUCCUUCCAGCCUUGCUGUGGUGAUGCAGGAAAUGACAUUUGUGAGACACGCCUUCCGCCCUUCACCUUUAUAAAUAAUCCUGCUUUUCUCACUAGUUCAUCCCUAAACCUGAAAUUUCCUGUGCUGAGCAUGGCUGUGUCAAUGUCUUGUAGACCCUCAGGCCCUGCACUCCUGGCCAGAGCAGCUUCUCUUCCCACCCAACCCUUCCCCAGCAUGAGCCAAGUCAUCAGUGGGUCAGGAGGAUAUGGGGCCAAGAACCGUGAACUAGCGUUCAGCCUCCAACUCAUCCUCAGUAAUGCCUCCCCGUCUGGGGACACUCUGAUUGUGAUCUGGGAAAUCCUGUUAACACGAUGUGGUCUCAUUAUUCUGUGGGGCAACUUGAGAAUAUGGAAGGUGACCUGGGAUUUGCAGAUAUCAAACCCACCAAAUACUUCUGAGCGUCUGGUUCACUCCCCAUUGCGCCUUCAGCCUGAUUAUCCCACACAACCUUACUCACACUGUCUCCUGACAGUCCAUGUUUCUCUCCACCCUGGGCACAAAGUGCCUCAGGCCAGGAGGCAAAGAGAAAUGGAAAGUAGGAGAAAGGGUAUGCCCUGGAGCCUGCCACGGGGGGCGCCCAUGCGGGGGAAGGGAGCACUCAGGGCACACACUGACGAGUCAACAUUCCACUACCAUUGUCUUAAUCUGAAUCCCUCUCCAGGGCUUCUCCUCGCUUGCUCAUCUGAGCCUUCAACCCCAACAGCAGCUAAAGCUCAUCAGCCAUUCAACAAAGGACCAGAUAUUGGACUAAGUGCUUUGUCCACAUCAGUGACCCUUCCAACCCUCAGAGGUGAACACAGAAGUCAUUCCCCAGGAGUCCAGGUGGCUCCCCUACUUCCCUGGGCGCAGAAGCUCACUGGUUCCACACUCCUUGAGAAGGUCCCACCUCCACUACAGACUUAAGAUCAACAUUGUCUACACAGUGGAGUCUCUCACAACAGGGUGGGUGGAGGUAAGAAGCCUCUGGGAGAACCUCAGAAUGUGGGCCAGUUCUCGCUGACGGGUACCCAGGUACCUGUGCCUCCUCCCAAGCUGUCAGCCCAGCAGCCCUCAUCAAGUCAUGUGGGCUCAUCUGGAGAUCGGCUCCUGCUUCCCCCUGUCCCCACCAGGUUGUUAUCAACCCAGGGAUGGAGGUUGGCAGGAAUCCUUCAUUCCCCGCAGGGCCAUACUGAAUCAAGAGUGCCUGGCAGGUCUGGAGAAGGGCUCUUUCAGCGAUAAGGGAGAAAGUUACUGGAUUCCUGAGCUUUGCCUUUUGGGGUCUUAGUCUCUUUCCCUGUAGAAUAUAGAGUACAUGAGAUGGUAAGGGGUCUCUUCCAUUUUCUGCCCAUGCUGUGCUACUUCAGAGAGGGGUCUCUGACCCAGUAUCUUCCCUGCUUUCUUGGUUCAUGGCAGAGGUCUCCCCUCCUUGCUAAAGUGUGGGCAUUGUACCCCAGGGCCAGAGUCGUGCCUGGUCCCAUACCAAUGACUGAGACUCAGAGCUGCAUGCAGGAGGGGUGCAUGGCUGCGAGCAACCCUGGGCCACGUGAUAACAUAUGGGCCAGAAGGAGGCAUGUGGCCCUUUGUUCACCUGUGGACUUAAGCAGCCUUCUCUGCAAACACUACCAGAAGCAGAGAAGGCCACUUUAUCACAGAAUCCUCUUUCAGUGCUGUACCCAGAGCCAGCUAACCACCUGUCAGCUGUAGCCCAGCCACAACGAGCGGAGGGCCAAGCCCCUUGACUUGCCUCUCUGAGCCUCGUUGUCCCCAUCUGGAAGCUGGGAACCAUCACGCUUGCUUUGGCUCUCAGGCAGUGCUGGUACCAGGAAGACAGCUGCACACGCCAGCUACGGCGAGGUUAUUCCCAAGGAGUCUCCAGCAAGAGAGACAGAGCUUUGCCAGGAGAGCACAGGAGACAGCAAGGGUUGAAGACUGGCAGGAGUGUGGGUGGAGGGGGUCAACUGAAGAGUGGGAGGCCAGGUAAAAGGCUGUGAUUGUAGCUUGGGACAGAUAUGGAAGGGGUGGUCUGGGGCAGAGGAUUGGCUGCAGGCCUGCAGAAUGGACCACUUCUGGGCACACAUGCCCACUCCCCAUAGAAGAGAAAUGGAUCGAGGUGGAGGAGUAAGAUGGGGGAGGAGUAGGAGACCUAAAUAUCGUCAGGUCCUGGGAAUUCAGCUAGAUAGUUAUCAAGAC